AUGGCAUCUCCCGCCGAGCCCAUCAAGUCCUUGUCCGACAGCGGCAGCAACAGCUCGUCCGACGGCAGCGACAGCGACAGCUCGUCGUCCAGCGGCUCGUCGUCGUCGUCCGAGUCGGAGGCCGAGGACAACGCAUCGGAGGCCGCGCCAUCGGCCGCGCGCGCCGUACCUGACGCCAAGCCCGUCAUGAGCACCGCACCUGGGGGAUCCCCGCCGCCCGACGCCGAUCCGGCCGACCUCCUCGCCGAUGCGCGCACGAAUCCCAAGAUCGUCCGCACCAUCCACAAGGCGCUGCAGCGGUACGGCGACCUCACGGACGCUCCGGGCUGCAACGAAGAUCCCAGUACGUUCUGCGACGAGCUGCGGCAGCCCAACUACAUUGUGCGCGCCAAGCUCUGCAACAGUCUCAAGCUGCCAGACGACAUCAUUCAAACCGUAUCGAACGAGAUUGUCAGUCUCUGCCACGCCAAUCUCUCGGAGGAAAACGUCAAGUUUGGCGACGUCGACAUCAAGCCCGCGGCGCUCAUCGAGCGUCUCCAGGAGAACCUCAAGCUCCGCGUCGCGGUCCAGCGGGCGCUGAAAAAAUCGGGCAACCCAAGCCAAGGUGCGUAUGGGCUCGCGACCUCGCGCCGCGACCUCGUCGAUCUCGGCAUUGAGCAAAUGCCCGCGUGGGGCUACGUCGAGAAGGAGUGCGACUGGUCGCCAGCCAAGGACCGCGCACUGCUGCUUGGCGUGUACAUCCACGGCGUCGGGUACUGGGAAGACAUUCUCGGCGACGCCAAGCUCGCGUUCGAGAAGCAUCGCGUGCUGACCGGCACACGCCUCAAGGGCCGCGCCGAGGACCUUUUGCGCAAGCUGCCGUCGCCGUCGGGCAAGCCGCUCGCAACGUCGUCGACGUCGGACUCGAUCCGUCGCGAGCACGUGGCCCAGCAGCCGACGCCAUCGUUUGGCGGGAAGCAACUGCGCGUGCUGCCGCCAGCGCCGGUCGAAAGCGAAGAGGAGGGCGAGAUCUCGGCCGAUGACGAGACGACCAGUGGUGCCAACACGAUCAUGCCACGGUACGGCGGCAAGAACAUUCGCAUCAUGCCGCCCCAAAAGCCCACGAAGGUGCUUCUGACGUCCGAGCAGCUCGUCGACAAGUGGGAUCCUAAAGCGCUUCUCAAGGACGUCAAGGUGACGCUCAAGAAGGUGCAGAAGAUCUCGUCGUGGGGCGAAGACCACAGCGACGACGUGCUCGUCGAGAAAGUGAGCAAGUACCUUGUCGAGAUUGGCCACGUCAUCGACAGCCUCGUGUGUCGCGAAGACGACAUGGCCAUGGACGAGCUCGCGACCUGUCUCUGGGAGUACGCGGCGACGUUCACGCCGUUUUCCGCGCUGCACUUUGAGCGCCUCUACGACGACAUGGUGGCGGACGCGAGCCACAGCCGCCGAUAA